AGUUUGAGUCAUCAUGGCAUGAAGUGAAGGGAGGAGGGCGGGUCCGCAGGCGAACAGGUGUUUAAAUACGGGACAGGUGAGAGUGGAGGUACAGCAUAUUCUGCAGCUUGUGGUCCGCCUACAUCCUCACCUGAGCAGCCAGGAACAGUCAGUUUAUAAAGAUGAUCAAAGCCAUGUUGUCUGCACUCUUGGUCUUGGUGGCCCUGUCCUCCACCUUCGGGAAAUACAUCCCCAAGACUGGCAGGAGGACUCCUCAGACUCUGUCCAGAGGUUGGGGUGAUCAGCUGAUCUGGGCUCAGACUUACGAAGAGGCUCUUUACUGGUCCAGGUCAAGAAACAAGCCUCUGAUGGUCAUCUUUCACCUUAAGGACUGCCCACACAGCCAGGCACUGAAGAAGACCAUCGCUGACGACGUUGAGAUCCAAAGAACUCUUGAUGAGGACUUCAUCAUUCUCAAUCUGAUGUAUGAAACCACAGACAAACAUCUCUCUCCUGAUGGACAGUAUGUUCCCCGGGUCAUUUUUGUCGACCCCUCAAUGACAGUGAGGGCCGACAUCACCGGUCGCUACGCCAACCGCAUGUAUGCGUAUGAACCAUCUGACAUCAAAAUCUUGAUGGACAACAUGAAGAAGGCCAAGAAGCUCCUGAAGUCUGAACUGUGAGCACAAGGAUGAGACACCCAAGAGUUUGUCGCCACUGAUGCCGAUAAUGUGCUGUCACUACAGUUUACACAUGCAAAACUAAGCACUGGAAAGUUUUCUUUCUUCCUCAUCAUCUUCUCCCCUUGAAUUCCUUACCUCUUACCUUUGUUAACAUUGCUGUACAUCCAGACUGUAUUUUGAAUAAAUAUGGAACUGUUCAUACAUA